AUGUUCAUCCCGCCUUUAUUCACAUUGGGUGAGCUUCCAGCUUACAACCAUGUCUCCAGUGAUUCCACACAAUAUCAGUCCUGGUUGAAAGCACAAGCUUCUGGCUCAAAUCAUGGGGGUCUGGCAGCCCAAGAGGUUGGUCCAGCUCCAGAUUAUUGGGAACCAAUUCCGAAUCAACAGUUCUCACAGCAACAGGACACGCAACUCAGAAGCUUGCCAAGUAGCUCUGGGGCCACCCUCAAUGAUAUAGACUCUCCACACUUACCCAAGAAUCCAACCAACCACUUACCCAACAAAGUGGACAAAAGGGUGUCUGGGAUGCCAGUGGGGGACCCAAGAGAUGGACCAGAAGAGAUUCUGUUUGAGCCAUUUAUUGACCAUUUAUGGCAAUUUGCAUGGAUCAACACAUUGAAUUUUCCGCAAAAGAAGCAACUCACAGCCAAGCGGGGCCACAAGUAUUCAAACAUCAGGGAUAAACUGUUGCAGGACAUUGUUCGCAAAUAUGGGAAGGAACAGAUCUGUCCAAGACUCAUGAAAAUUGUCUCCAUCCCUGCAGCUUCUUCUCACUCUGAAGUUCUCCCAGCUGCCCUUGACUUACUCGAGGAAAUCCAAUUGCGCAACAAACAAUUUCUGGAUGUCUUCACCCCGCCACAUGAGGUUGCAGCUGAAGAAGAAAUCUUUGAUCCAAGUAAAGAAAUGAAUGAUCCAAUCUUGAACGAACAAUUUGGGAUGUACAACUGGUUUGUCAAGCAGCUUGUUUCUACAAGCCAGCUUCCAGGAGCUUCCAAUGAACACCCAUCAAACCUGAUCCAAAAGGCUGUGCUCACAUAUCUUGAGAUAGAUAUACACAGGAAAGAGCUCAGUGAAGACCAUUGGAAAACAAUCAGAUUUUCAAAUAAAAAAAACCUCACUCCGUUCUCCAUCACCAUCCUUGAAGCCAUAAAGACCAAAAUUGCUCUGUACAUCUUAGGACAAUACUACAAAUCAAGCAACCCAGAAAAGUGGGAUUUCUAUAUCGUUCAUGAUUCCAACUUUAUCAAGAUCUUUUCCCUGCUCAAGAAAUAUCAUUAUCUUGCCAAGCCUGCCAGGAUCAGAGCAUUCAAUGGAAUGUGCUCCAAGCUGGAUGUCUUACCAUGGAAAGAACCUCUGCAAUCUAUGGAUAGACUUGAAACUGGUAGACAUUCAUUUUUGAAAACACUUGAUAAAUUCGGAUUGCAUUCAGUUGAAUAUUAUUUCUUAAACAAGUGA